CGCUAGGCUGUAGAGGUUGAAGUUCAGGCAGCUGCUGCUUCUUCAGUUUGGGAAGGAGACGCGGGGCCCAUGGCGCUUAGGGGCAUCACAGUCGUGGAACUCGGCGGCCUGGCCCCGGUUCCCUUCUGCGGUAUGGUCCUGGCGGACUUCGGGGCUCACGUGGUGCGUGUGGACCGACCCGGCACCCGCGGCGACCCGAGCGGGUUGGCCCGAGGCAAGCGCUCGCUGGUGGUGGACCUGAAGCAGCCGCGGGGAGCGGCGGUGCUGCGGCGCCUGUGCGCCCAGGCGGACGUGCUGUUGGAACCUUUCCGCCCCGGGGUAAUGGAAAGACUCCAGCUCGGUCCAGAGAUUCUGCAGAAGAAGAACCCAAGGCUUAUCUAUGGCAGGUUGAGUGGAUUCGGCCAGUCAGGAAGGUUCUCCAAGGCAGCCGGACAUGACAUCAACUAUUUGGCUUUGUCAGGUGUUUUAUCAAGAAUUGGCAGAAGUGGUGAGAAUCCAUAUGCCCCGUUGAAUCUCCUGGCUGAUUUUGGUGGUGGUGGCCUCAUGUGCACAAUGGGCAUCAUUAUGGCGUUGUUUGAACGCACACGCUCUGGCAAAGGUCAGGUCAUCGAUGCAAGCAUGGUGGAAGGAACAGCAUAUCUAAGUUCUUUUCUGUGGAAAACCCAAGAAGCAGGAUUGUGGGACCAGCCCCGUGGACAGAACAUGUUAGAUGGCGGAGCACCUUUCUACACAACCUACCGGACAGCUGACGGGGGGUUCAUGGCUGUCGGAGCACUAGAGCCCCAGUUCUAUGAGCUGCUGAUCAAGGGACUUGGGCUAAAGUCUGAUGAACUUCCCAAUCAGAUGAGUAUAAAGGAUUGGCCAGAAAUGAAGAAGAAAUUUGCAGAUAUCUUUGCAAAGAAGACAAAGGCAGAGUGGUGUCAGAUCUUUGACGGUACUGAUGCAUGCGUGACUCCUGUGCUGACUUUUGAAGAGGUUAUCCAUCAUGGUCACAACAAAGAUCGGGGCUCGUUUAUUACUGAUACAGAGCAGCGUGUGAGUCCCCGCCCUGCUCCUCUGCUGUCCAACACCCCAGCUCUCCCUUCGACUAAAAGGGAUCCUUUUGUAGGAGAACACACUGAACAGAUUCUUAAAGAACUUGGGUUCAGCCAGAAAGAGAUCAUUCAGCUUAAGUUAGAUAAUAUUGUUGAAAUUCAUAAACUUAGUGUUAAUCUCUAAGUUCCAAGCCCCAUAAUGCAAAUGAAUUUGAAUAUUGCAUUUACAGUAUAAUACAAAAAAUUGUGUGCAUGGAAACAUGAAAAAACAGUAUCACAGUGGUCUAACUAUUCUAAUCAGGAAAUAGGACUGAUUAUAGAGUAAUGAUGGAAUUGUGAAAAUGGUUAUUGUGGCUUUUGAUUUGGGAAUAUUUUUAGUUUGCCUGUACUAAAUUGUGGCAGUUUUUCUGCCUUUCAAUUUACUUGAUACG